AUGCAGGCGAUUUGCUACAGUGAUGCCAGCUCGGACGAGGAGAGUGGCUACGAUUGCAAAUCAAGCGGUGGCCAUGACUUGUCAAACACGGAGGAGAAGGAAGGCUUGAUUGGAGGCGAGGAGGACAACCACCACGAAGGACAGUGUGGCAAGGUUGCAGCCAGGGUGAUCUGGAAUUCUCGCUAUUGCGUGGUCAUUUGCUGGCCACUACUCGCACUGAUUAUGGCGCCGUUUGCGUACAAAUUGGUGAUCAACGCCCUUCCACUGCCAAAGACCGCACCGCAUGGCACCGCGUCUUUUGAGGCAGAGGAGCUCUUCGAGGUGAAGUUCCCGUACUUGGUGGGUAUGAAGAUGGAGAUGAUCGUUCUCAA